UCGUGCUGAGCCGGGUGGCGCGUGCUGGACUGAGUGCACACCUGCGCGGACUCCUCCUGCGCUCAACCCUCACAAGUGUGUUCGCUCCAAACUGGGGAAGUCGACCGGACUUUACCAGCAGGUUGAGCCGCACCUGGAGCAGCAGCGGGUGAGAACCUGGCCACAGCUAUGCGGUCAAAAUGACACAGAGGGAACGCCGGGGGGACUCGAACCUUGUCCAGACCACUGGGAGUCGUUUUAAAUUCGUUCUUCUCCGUCCGAGUUCACCGGGAGCUCUUUGUUUAAGCUAGCGACGCGUUAGCUGUUUCCGGAAACCAACCUUCACUCAGAAAAUGAAGACUGGGAGAUACCACAGUCUGCUUUGGACUAUUAUUGCUUUGCCAUAUGCACAAAUGUAGCUUUGGACAAGUCAAAAUUGUCUUUUGAAUUUUUCAAAUGAGCUCUUGAGGAAACCAGAGGAUAUCAAACUCUUUCACAAAAAGUUGAACUGAGCUUAAUUUAAAAAUGGCUACAAUGGAAACCAAAGUUGCCACCAGCAGCACGUCCGGUCUGUCAUGGGCCCGCGUCUGUAAAGACUGUGGGCAGCAGCAUGAAGGAAAAGAAACCCACCUUUAUGAGUACCUUGACGAAGUGGACGACGAGUUGAUUUGUCACAUCUGCCUACAGCCCUUACUCAAACCUAUGGACACCCCAUGUGGACACACUUACUGCUUUUAUUGCCUCAGCAACUUUUUGAAAGACCAGGACUUCUGCCCAGUGGAUCGCCAGUAUCUGGAAUUUGAACAGUGUCGUCCUUCCAGCUUGCUGGUGAGGAACCUGCUUGAUAAGCUAACUGUGAUGUGCCCCCACUACGCAGAGUGCCAGCAGCAGAUGCAGCGCUGUGAGCUGCAACCUCACCUGCAGAACAGAUGUCCUGCUUUUAGAAGGCUGAAGGAGGAGGCAGAGAAGAGGAAGAGGCCCUCUUGGAAUGAAUUAAAAGGACGUAGGGGUGAUGGGGGGAUGACUGGAGAUGCGAAGCUUUCAGCAACACUGUCUCGAAAUCCUACCCGAGAUCAGCCCGAGCCUGGUCUAAUCAAUCCAGCUUUUGAGGAAAGCGAGGAGGACAACACCCCACUCCGAUCCAGCCUGGUGGCUGAAACCAUUGUGGUGGAACUGCUCAGAGAAGAGCCAGAGCAAGACCUGGGUUUGCGUAUUGUUGGGGGGAAAAACACGCCACUGGGAAACAUAGUCAUCCAGGAAAUUAUCCGUGACUCGAUUGCAGCCUGUGAUGGCAGACUGGCCCCAGGAGACCAUAUCUUAGAGGUGAAUGAUGUCAGUCUGGCUUCAGUUCCUCACUCCCGGGCCAUCGCAGUGCUGCGACACCCAUCCCUCGUCAGGCUCACUGUUAUGCAGGAGAAAGGUUUCAAGUUAAGGGACAGUCAACGGUCUGAUCCCCACCCUUCUCCUUCUACUGCCUCUCAGCCCCCUCGCAGUCCACAGUGCAACACUCACUUUAAUCAGACCCCAGUUCUGCAUGUGACGCUGGUAAAAAGUCAUCGGUCGGAACCGCUUGGCAUCAAACUCAUCCGCAAGUCUGAAUUUAGUGGAGUUGUAAUCCUGGAUCUGUUGCCGGGCGGUUUGGCGGCCAAAGAUGGAAAACUGAGAAACAACGACAAAGUCUUGGCCAUCAAUGGACAUGACCUGAGGCAUGGAACACCUGAAAGUGCAGCCCAUAUCAUACAGACCAGUGAGAUGCGUGUAAACUUUGUGGUAAUGAGAACUGCAGAUACUGUGGAGGACGGUGGAAACGGCAGAGAGGGACAGCACGCCAGAGCAAGAAGGGCGCCAGAUCCACAGUACUUCAGACGUCAGUCCACCUACAUAAAGGACCCCCCCUCUGGGUUCUCUUUUCAAGAGAAGAAUGUAAGCCUGAAGAAGGAGCCCCGCCACUCUCUGGGCAUCACCAUCGCUGGAGGGAGAGACUGUCGCAGCCGGCUGCCUGUUUACAUCACCAGCGUGCAGCCGGUUGGCUGUCUGCACAGAGAGGGCUACAUCAAAAGAGGGGACAUUCUGCUGAGCAUCAAUGGUGUAGAUUUGACACAACUGACCUACAAGGAGGCCGUUUCUGUGCUGAAGGCGGAGACGGCUCAGUCCCAGGUGGAGCUGUGCGUCAUCCAAACCCACUCUGAGGACCCUGAGGAGGACAGCGAGAGCAGCAACAAGGAUGAAGUGGUCUACACAGAGGACCCACGAGAAGACAACCGCAACUGGACCCCCCAAUGGACUCGCUGGUUGGGUCUACCAAGUCACAUGCACUGGUGCCGGGACAUUGUCCUGCAGAAGACCAACAAUGAGAGCUGGGGCUUCAGCAUCGUAGGAGGCUAUGAGGAGAGCCACGGUCAGCAGCAGCCCUUCUUCAUAAAAACCAUCGUGCCUGGGACACCUGCUCACUUUGAUGGGCGUCUCAAGUGUGGAGAUGAGAUAGUGGCAGUGAAUGGAGCCACAACUGUGGGAAUGAAAAACAACUCUCUGAUCCCCAUGCUGAAGCUGCAGAAGAACAGAGUCACACUGACUGUGGUGUCAUGGCCGGGUACGCUGGUGUAGGAAAGCGCCCGCUUGUUACACGACCAAAAAAAGGUUUCUCUGAUCUGAGCUUGGACCCUUUCGUCUUCACUGACACAUGGUUUGUUUAUUCUCGUCUUGAUUUAAUGGAGCAGGUGUUCAUGAGAACUACAAAAUGUUCAAUAGGAGUUGAUUUUUAGUAAACACAUGCCAGUUAAAAUGACACAUUAAAUACAAACGGGAAUCAUUUUUCUGAUUCUGUCCAAAGCAGUUGUGUUAAGAUAGUUUGAUCAUAGUGUACAAAAGGAAAUGUAUAGCUAAUUAUUAAUGAGUUUGUACAAGAAGAAAUUGCUGCAGACACUGUAGAACAAAAAUGUAUGCACUUUUAAAACGUUCAGAAAAGUGAUUUCUCAGAGGAAAAAUCAGGCUAUCGGAAUCACAGUCAGGCUUUAACAAGUUAGAACACUUAUGUGUUGACGGGAGGCUUCUGUUCUUUAUUUCUUUCCUGUUUGAAAUGUGAGGCUUUGGCUUGUUCAGGCCAUCAAUAAGACUAGAAGUCAUAUUAAUAUGUGUUGGCGUCUACCCUCAUGGAGUGUUAUGUCAUCAGGUUACCAUUCAAAGUGGGGAAAUGUGAUGGUUAAUGUAAAGUAAUCCAAAGAAAUGAUUCUUUGUAAAUGCUUUUAAUUAAUACUGCUUGCAAUACUUUGGAGGAACAUUUAGCAGGUUAGGAUUUACUUUCAAGCAUUUGGCAUAAUUUUACAGAAGUGCUUUGAAUUGUUUCUCAGAAAUCCAAAUGUCCUUUUUCUGAAUGAUUUGCUGGUUUUCGGUUGGUACUGAAGAACAAAUCAGAAUGUAUCGUUGCCUUAAAGAGCCUUUGUACCAAACAGUUUUUUCUUCAUUGUUGUGGCCUUGCUUGCAUCUUGAUUGAUGGAAGACCUCCUGCACAACUCAGUGGUUGUGUCAGACACAACACGCAGUGUGUGAUUUAAUCUAGCCACUGUCUCAUUAUGUCAAUAAAUUCACAUCAAAAUCCUGC